GUUACGCCUCCCGGAAUGAGACCACAUUCAGGUGUGCCUGGAGAGGCGGAACCCCCCACACCGGAGCUGGUGGAGGUGGAAGUGGGCGGCACGGCGCUUCUGAAGUGCGGCCCCUCGCAUUCCCAGGCCAACUUCAGCCACGUGGACUGGUUUUCUGUGCACAAGGAGAAGCCCACGCUCAUCUUCCGCGUGCGCAAGGGCCAGGGCCAGAGCGAACCCGGGGAGUACCAGCAGCGGCUCAGCCUCCAGGACCGAGGGACCACACUGGCCUUGAGCCACGUCACCCCCCACGACGAGCGCGUCUUCCUGUGCCAGGGCAAGCGCCCGCAGUCCCAGGAGCACCGCAUCCAACUCAGGGUCUACAAAGCUCCGGAGGAGCCGACCAUCCAGGUCAACCCCUUGGGCAUCUCGGUGAGCAGUAAGGAGCCUGUGGAGGUGGCCACCUGUGUGGGCAGAAAUGGGUACCCCGUUCCUCAAGUCAUCUGGUAUAAGAAUGGCCACUCCCUGAAGGAGGAGAAGAACCGGGUUCACAUUCAGUCAUCGCAGAUCGUGGAGUCGAGCGGCCUGUACACCCUGGAGAGCGUUCUGAACGCCCAGCUGGUGAAGGAGGACAAAGAGGCGCGGUUUUACUGUGAGCUCAACUACCGGCUGCCCAGCGGCAACCACAUGAAGGAGUCCCAGGAAGUCAACGUGCAGGUCUUCUACCCGGCGGAGAAGGUGUGGCUGGAGGUGGAGCCCUCGGGACCGCUGAAGGAAGGGGACCGCGUGGAAAUCCGGUGUUUGGCGGACGGCAACCCCCCGCCCCACUUCACCAUCAGCAAGCAGAACCUCAGCACCGAGGAGAUGGAGGAGAUGACGCCCGAGGACAACGGGGCCCUGGUCUUCGAGUCCGCCCGGAAGGAGCACAGCGGGCUCUAUCAGUGUCAGGGCCUGGACCUGGAGACCAUGGCAUCGCUGCUGAGCGACCCACAGGAGCUGCUGGUGAACUACGUGUCCGACGUGCGGGUGAGCCCCGCGGCCCCGGAGAGCCAGGAGGGCGGCAGCCUCACCCUCACCUGUGAGGCGGACAGUAACCAAGCCGUGCAGUUCCAGUGGCUGAGAGAGAAGACAGGCCGGGUGCUGGAGAAGGGGCCUGUGCUCCAGUUGCACAGCCUGAAGCGCGAGGCCGGCGGAGGCUACCGCUGCGUGGCGUCCGUGCCCAGCGUCCCGGGCCUGAACCGCACGCGGCUGGUCCACGUGGCCAUUUUCGGGUCCCCGUGGAUGACGCUGAAGGAGAGGAAGAUGUGGGUGCGAGAGAACGCGGUGUUGAACCUGUCGUGCGAAGCCUCGGGACACCCCCGGCCCACCAUCUCCUGGAGCGUCGAGGGCACGGCACAGGAACAAGACCAGGAUCCCCAGAGCGUCCUGAGCGUCCUGAGUGUCCUCGUGACCCCAGAGCUGCUGCGGACGGGAGCUGAGUGCGUGGCCUCCAACUCCCUGGGCAGAAACACCACCGCCAUUUUCCUGGAGCUGGCCUCCAACAGGAGCACGGGCCUCAGCACCUCCACCGUCAGCCCGCCCGUCCGAGCCAACGGCACCUCCACAGAGAAGAAGCUGCCAGAGCCUGAAAGCAAGGGUGUGGCCAUCGUGGCCGUGACUGUGUGCGUCCUGGUCCUGGCUGUGCUGGGUGCCGUCCUCUACUUCUUCCACAAGAAGGGCAAGCUGCCGUGCGGGCGGUCAGGCAAGCAGGAGAUCACGCUGCCCCCGUCGCGUAAGAGCGAAUAUGUAGUUGAAGUUAAGUCAGAUAAGCUCCCAGAAGAGAUGGGCCUCCUACAGGGCAGCAGCGGCGACCAGAGGGCGCCCGGAGACCAGGGAGAGAAAUACAUCGAUCUGAGGCACUAGCCGUCCGUCACACCGAGCGCCCUUUGCGCCGAACCGUCUUCUGCUGCCUGCUCACCCCUCCCUCCCAGCGCUCAGGAUGGUCGCCAAAGCCUCGAGAGCAGGCUGCGGGGAAGGCCCCUGCUCCGGCCGGCCCGCGGGCCCCACUUCAGAGGGCCGAGCCGUCCCAAGAAGGUCCUCUUCGGUGACAACCUGCCACCGUCUCACUUUGUUGGCUGACGCUCAUCCCAGGGAGGGGCCUCAGCAACAGGGGGCGGGAAGGACUUUCUCAGACCGUGUUUGCCCUGUAUACAUACCGUGGGUGUGCAUACCUGUCUCCUACCGGCAGCCGAAGCAGGUAGCCUCUUGGUCUUGAGCUGGUUUCCUGCCCCAAAGGCUGCCUCCGUCCUUCAGUCGUGUGGCCAAAGUGAGGACUCACCGAGCCCAGGCCCCUCACACCGGCUCUGGAGAGCACCCCAGCUUCGUUACCAGCAGCGGGCCUGCCUGCUUCAGGAGGCCCUUCUGUGACCCACCUUUCUCUGGGCAGAAGCCAGGACUGGUGUCAUUUCUUGAAAGAGGUGUUGGGGGUAUUUCACUGUCCCUGCAGGGAGGAAGCUGGGCAGUUUUCCAGUUAGGCCACUGAGCCCAAGCCCCCCUGACCCCCCACUCAUUUGGCUCCCACUGCCCAGUCUCAAGGGGUCAUGUCAUUAAGACUAUACUAGCACCAGACUUCUAUGAACUGAGCUAAUGGGCUUAGGCCCCGGCAGAAGGGCCCUCACGGCAGAACGGUACUUAGGGACGAGAAGCGGCCUGGCUGGAGCUUUGGGGUAUGUGCGCACGUGUGGGAGUAUGUAUAUGUGGUUUUAUCAGGUUGUGUGUAAAUGUGCAAAUUUCCUUUAUAUAUAUGUGUGUAUAUAUAUAUAUAUAUAUGAAAAAUAAAGCUUAAUUGUCCCAGAAA